ACCUAGUACCGUAGUCAGUCUAAUUGAAUGUGAAGAAAAGGUACUUUGUGUUCAAUGCCCGUUCCUAUCAAUCGAAGGGACGGUAGCUGGCGUGCAGGCAUUUGUCCGAGGACUCAAGUCUCGGACUACAUGCCAUGGAGAUCUCCGUUCAGUGUGCAGUACUUUUUUUCCUCUUACCCAGCUCUUGAUUGGCAAAGAAAGAUCCAUGACCGCAUCCCGAGCUGCCUGAUGGUGGUGUGCUGUCUCGGAAUUCGUCGUUUGCUCGGGCAUCUUCUGCUGUGCGAUGCUUGGGUAAUACUCGCAAUGUUUUGUGCCGGUGUCUUUGGUUCUAUAGCGCCCCUUCGGAGGGGUGAUGCGCAGCCCUCUGCGGCUAGGUCUGUAUCUAACUCGCAGUCUCGCUGGAAAAUCCGAGUGUCCCAGCCAAAAAUUGGGGGGUAAUGAAUUGACCUGAAGCUUAGAAGCCUUGAGCUCCAGCUUUCAUUCCCAAAGCUGAAGAUUCCAUGGCUGCGUGCUCUUUGCGUGCCAAACGACACAUAAUGCGGCCAUCCGCUCUGGUCAAAGUUGGCUCAAAUGGCAACAAAGGAAGUCGGCCAGUCCCUCCUCUGCCACCUCAAUCCACCAUCAACUGAAGCAAACCACCACUGGUUCAAUGGGGGCUG